AUGCUAGGUCUCACUGAAGGUCAACAACUUAAUAGCUUGCGUGAAGGGUGUAAGCAAAAGGAGCGCAAUCUCGCGGAGAACGGUAGCAGCGGUUCAGUCGAAAUGUCGACGGUGUCAUCAGCGUCAAUCGACGAUAAAGAGGUUAAGACGGGGGUCAAGCGAAGCCAUUCCGAAAUCGCCGACAGUGCCGACAUCAGUGCAACGCAAAGUGCUGGCGACCUGCACACCGACGGAGACGUUCGAAGGACAGCAUCGGUGGACUCAGAGGAAGGUGAAGCUGCUGGUGACGCUGCAGUCAAGAAGAAAGAUGAAGGAACAGCGUCUAAAUUACCUCGUCUUGCCCAGGACGUGCUCACGAAACCAGCGGCUGUGCCUUCGAAUCAGGUGAUCGUGAACGCACUGUUCGACUAUGCAGAACAGCAGCUUCAUCAAGGACACACGGGUCAAGGUGUUACUCACUUGCGAGCAGCACGCGCUCUUCGUGAUCAUUCCAGCGCCGUCACGACUGGAACCGAAGCACGUGACGUUCCACUCGUGGGGACAAAGCUGGCUGCAGAGGUCGAGCAGAUUUUGGAGUCGGGCACUGUGGUGGGCACAGCGGACGAUGCGGACGAGAAGAAGCACACGGAGCCUCGACUGGUCCGUGAGCUGCGUGCUAGCACGGCAAAAUGCCCGGAAAACCAGCCAGUCGUUGACAAACUUUUGAGCUACGGGGAGCAGCAGCUUCAUGCUCGUAAUGGCAGCAAAGGCACGAGUUACCUUCGCGCUGCCCGCGAGCUACAGCUCGCUGAUCACGUCAUAGCUUCGGGGGACCAAGCUCGUGAAGAGGUAGCACUUGUCGGGCCGGUAAUUGCCGAAGCCAUUGAUCAAAUCUUUGAGUGCGGCCGCAUCGUGAAGGACACUGCAAGUCCAGCCACGACCGUUCGACCCGACGCUAGCGAGAAGGGCAAAGACGAAAACUCGGCGCUGCGUCCGGAAAACCAAUUCAUUGUAGAUGGUCUGGUUGACUACGGUGAUCGCUGUUUCCAGCUGAGCCAGUGGGGUGAAGGGGUCACCCACUUGCGAGCAGCGAAAGCAAUUCGAGACGCCGAUGUAGUGGUGACGUCAGGAAAGCAAGCAGCAGAAGAGAUCAACGAGUGUCCUGCGGUGGAUAAGAUUGAUAGAAUCCUAGACGGACACGAAGACGCCGUCGAAAAGGAAGGGGUCGGUCGUGACGCUAGCGAUGCUGUUGGUCGCGUGUCUUCCCCCACUUCAUCGGGCAAGGAAGUUAGUGAAAAGUCCGAUCAAGUUGAUCCGGACUCGGACAGCUCAGUUUCCGAAGAUGACGAGGAAGAAACUGUGCUCGACAUUGCUACGAAUUGCCUUCAGGAUGCUGCUGAGGUAGUGGCGGAUAGCAGUGUCGCAAAAGCUUUGGGAUGCAUUGGCGAGAAGGUGGCGACUUUCAUCAGUGCGAGCGUACUGCCGACUUUAGCUGAUGACGUUUCUACAGACGACGAUGAAGCGGAAGACGCGGCAAUGGAAGACCAUGCAGAAGACUGCGAGCAAUGA